AUGCAGGGGAGCAACUCACGUGUCGGUGACGAGCAGAGUGACGAGCUCGGGGGGGGGGGUGUAGUCAAACGCCGGGUUCACCACCUCCACCUCCACCUCCACCUCCACCCCCACCUCCGCCUCCCCCCACCGACCCUCUGCCUCCUCACCCCCAUCUGCGCCCGCCUUGCCGCUCCCCGCCCCUGUGUGGUGAGCGUAGCCCCCAGGUGUGCCAGCCCCUCCCAGUGCGCCAGCCCCUCCCAGUGCGCCAGCCCCUCCCAGUGCGCGAGCUCCGCCAGCCCCACCACUCCUGCUGGCGAGUGCUGGUCGUUCAACCCCGCCAGCCCCGCCUGCUGUGGGUACAGCGGGCAGAUCUGCGGGGGGAGAGAGGCAGGCAAUGGCAGGACGGUGAGGAUCAAGAGAAGGAGCGUUGGUGCAAGGUGCACGCAGCCGCCAGCUUGUGCCCGCCAUAGCACGGCGCUCCCUCCGCCACCACCACCUGCCAUGGGGGGAGGCGGGGCGGAGGCGAUGGGGCCGCUGCAGCUGGCAGCAACAGCAGUGGGGUCGCUAAGGCAGCAGGGGGGUGGGUUGGGAUUGAGGUGGGCUGAGAGGGCUGUCCAGCAUGGAAGGCAGGCUGACAUGGAAGGCAUGCUCAUAUGGAAGGUAGGCUCACAUGGAAGGCAAGCUGACAUGGAAGGCAGGCUCACAUGGAAGGCAGGCUCACAUGGAAGGCAGGCUCACAUGGAAGGCAGGCUCAUAUGA